GUGUUCUUCGGUGUAGGCUUAUUACCGAGCUGCAAUUAGGUCACCUGAGGUUGUAGUAAAACGUACUACGUCCGGUUUUCAGUGCACUGUUUAAAAAUUGUAUUCGCUGCUCCGCGGAGGGAUCUAUCAAUGGCGCUUCGCUCAACCGUGGAGGGUGAUUUGAAUGCCUCGUUGCUACACACAUAUUUUUUAAAGAAUAUUUUGUAGUUUUUUUUCGACCGUAUAUGAAUAUACAUUUAGGACGUUUUACAUAGGUUUUAAGAUGUCAGCAUGCCAGGCAGUCAGUGAAGCCCCAGUGGAGAGCGCGUCUGCCGCACAGGAAGCCUCGGCGCCGCUGAACUUCUCUGAGCUCACGCCGCGUCGGUUCGGCAUCACUAUGGAGAGUUUCAUUCCGUCCUCAUCAAACUGCAAAGACAAAUCCCGCCUCGCACAGAUAAAGGCCCGGCGAAGAUCCGGCGUCGGCGUCCGGGGCUCGCCGGAGACGAAUUCCCUCAUCCGCUUCAGGGCCCAGCAGAGGAUGAAGACCCCGCCUGCCUCACACACCCUAGAGGCCAACAGAAGUACCCCCGUCGUCCCCCAGGUCGCCUCCACGCUGAGGCAGAAGAUGGCCUCCUUCCAGAUCCUGAUGGACGUGGCGGAGAGCGACGCCACAGGACGCAUCUCCACCGGAGAUUAUCCGUCUGAUGGGCUCAGCUGCAGCGAAGAGAAAGAGAACAACCCACCAGCUGCAGGCAGCAAACCCAGGCCGCCGGCCCCCCCGGACGGCUGCAGCCUGGAGAUUAGAGAGGGGAACAUCUCCGGCCAUCACUCAAGUUUGAAGGAGCAGGAGGAUGCUUCCUGUAAACACCAAAGCCCAGGCCCACCUCCCUCUGACGACCCCUCAGCCGUUUCAGACUCCCAGCCCCUCCACAUCCCCUCUCUUCCCACUCUGCUGGAGAUGAAGCUCCCAGUAAACGCGGACGAGUCGCCUGCGGUGAAGAAGAAGAAGAAGCAGGUGCACUUCGGGGGUCCUUUAUCUCCCGAGUUCUUCGAUAAGAACUUGCCCCCCAGCACACCGUUAAAGAAGGGGGGCACCCCUGCACGGGCGGCCACCCCCGGCAGGGGCCUGCAGCCGCGCUCGGUGCUGAAGACGCCGCAGAGGAGCGACUCAGAAGACCAGCUGGAGCUUCUCAGCCUCGCUGCGUUCGGUGCUUCUCCCACGUUCUCAAUGCCUCGCAAACACAGAGUGGCGCAGGAGAGAGAGGACGGCGAGGACGGACAGAUUGUUUUCCCGUCCCUGGAGGAGAUGGACUCGGCUGCGUCGAGUGAAGCAGAUUGUCCUUUUAAUGCUCAGCUGUUAAAUUUAAACAUGGUUUUUCACGAGGAGUCGCUCUCUCAGCAUCUGCGAGAAUCCGACUCGGAACCGAACCGAACCUCUCAGACGGAUCAGUCGACGGCCGAGGAGAAGCAACUUGACGGCGACGCUGAAAGUCCGACUCCGAUCCCGUCCACCAACAGAAGAGUAAAGAACAAGGAGUCGCCUGAAAGCGAGCCUCCAGCGCGGCUCGGCAAGCAAAAGAGAAAGCAGUCAGAGGACGGCGAACCCCUGAAGAGGUCGACGCGAUCCGCUGCCAAGUCGGCCUGCAGGAAGAUGAAGGUGGCCCAGUCAGCCGCCCGCCGCUGGAAUAAGGAUGUAGAUUACUCUCUUUACGGUCCACGCGUGUACGCCUCCAAGAACCCCAUCCUGAGUCCCAUCAUGGAGAGGUCGCCCUUCAUCCAGCGGACUUCAGCCGGACAGCAGACCUUUGAGAGCCCCACAGCCACACGUCAAGGAUAUGUCAUCAACCUUCAAAUGCCAUAUGUUACUCUCCAUGGAGAGGAUUGCACAGAGGGAAACUUUUCCAUUAAAUCCGUCAGCCUUCCUAGCUGUAGCCCAGGGAGGGACAACAGGCAGCCAAGGAUUACAGCCAAGAGAGGACGGAAGAAGAGAAAGGUCAGUGUUGCUGACUGCGAGGCGCUUCGGGAGGAAAUCACAGAGCAGCAAUUAGAAGUUGACGUUUCAGAGGGAACUCUGCCGAUGCUCACCAAGAGAGAGCAACGUGAAGCCGACCUAGAAGAGCCCUCUGCUGAUAUCCUCCACACAGACUCCAGCAAAUCGGAAUACGACCCAAGUACAUUGACACCAACUUCCAGCUACGCUCCUUCAGGUGAAGACUCCGGCAAAACAGAACCAGCCAAAAAACAAGCUAAACGAGGCAGAAGGCGCCCCGCCCUGCUGGAACCACAUCAGGCAGGGGAGCAGCAACCCGACUGCGAGGGGAAUGGGAAUCAGGAGGAGGAAGGGGGACCCAAUGUGGACCUCGCCCCUUGGCAGGCUGAUUUUAAUUUUGAGGACGUGUUCAAACCUGUUGCCACCAGAGGGCAGCGCACGGUACGCCGCAGUCUGAGGAACCAGGCGAACUCCGAGCACGAAAGCACCGGACUCACCUGGGUGCCUCACACCUCCCCCGAGUCAAUCAAAGAGACUCGCAGAAGGACCCGCAACAGACGGCUCAGCGAGGCGCUGCCUGUCCAGCCGGCUCUCCCAGAGGAGACGCAGGACCGGACUCCUCAUCGAGCCAAAUGACACCAGGGAAGUCAUAAUUUCUUCAACUCGGAUCCGUUUAUCUUGAAUCGAGUCGAUUUGUCUUAGGAGACUGAUUGUUGCACAUUACUUGGAAGAAAGCAUCGACAGUUUUGUUCCCUAUGAAUUAUUUGAUCUGACUUCAGUUUCCCUCGAGUAACGAAGUCAGUCAAUACACUAAGAGCCCAAUGAUCUCUGCUGACCGCCUCCUGAUCAAUAUCACCCACUCAGCUGGUAAUCACAGUGCGUCUUCAGCCCCCCUCUGUCCCACUCUGAAGUCACUGGAUCAAGCAUCUCCUAGUCAAUACCGACUAGGUGGACAGAUAAAGAUGGCUUCAUUGCUAAUAUGUGGGAUCUGUGAUUUUAUUUCUUUUAAACUUUAAAUUUUAUUUCUUUUAAAGUGCUCAAAUAUGAAGCAGCUUUUUUUCAAAUCAUCUUCUGUCCUUGAAGUGUCCAAAUGUAAAACAGUCCAGCUGCUUCUCUUUGCAUAUGUGUUCACAUCCAGUUCCAGUAAAGCAGUUUUUCCUCUCACUUACAGCCUCAGACCUCUUCCUCUUUAGCCGGACAAACUGCUGCGUAAACGGCCGUUCAGAUUUCCAUUUCCAAACUGGUCGUGUAUUGACCCAUAACCUCGCCGACCGUCCGCCUGUUAUAGAUUCAAAUCAGCUGCUCGCCGCUUUCCCGAUCCAUCUAUCUGAGAAGAACAGAGGGAGCGGUAACAAAUUGAGUUUCAAAUUCAGUUCACAUCGGGAAAUUGGCUUCCCCCCAUCCUCCCGAAUGAUGCAUGACUGUAAUCUAUCCAUCAUUGGGUAAUUGACUACCUCCCUUCACAUCAAGUCACUCACUUGGCUGAAGGACGCUGGAGGUUUCUGGCUCUGCGGAGUAAAUGUGUGUCUCUGUGUGUGCCAAGGCCCCGUCUGUCCCCCCACCGGAAGACGGAUGGACACAAUCAUGAGCUGUAAUGUAUGGUAUGUGGAUGCAGUGUAGCAACACUGCCAUCUUGUGGACAUUUUGAUGAGUUGCACCCCAACUUAAACUAUCAAAUGUGCACUAAAUACGUCUCAGAUGCUGAAUUUAUAUUAAAUUGAUGCGGAAUAACUUUUUCACUUGUAGUAUAUAAAAAGCUUUAACAUUUGUUGA